CCUGAUCCAUCACCUUCUGUUUGCUAACUAGCUAUCUGUAGAUAUGUGCGGGGUAGUAGUUGGUGUAAUGGAUCGAUAGGGACGCCAACCUUUGGUUCAGCAGUGCACCUGACAAAGCAUCAGCUCCUUUAAAGCCGCAAACAUGUUCGGGCGGUCACGGAGCUGGGUUGGAGGACAGGGGAAGACGAAAAAUAUCCACUCCCUGGACCAUUUGAAGUAUAUGUACCAUGUCCUGACUAAAAACACCACGGUUACUGACCACAACAGAAACCUGCUAGUGGAGACCAUCCGCUCCAUCACAGAGAUCCUCAUCUGGGGUGACCAGAAUGACAGCUCUGUGUUUGACUUCUUCCUAGAGAAGAACAUGUUUGCCUUCUUCCUGAACAUCCUGCGUCAGAAGUCAGGUCGCUACGUGUGUGUCCAGCUCCUCCAGACCCUCAACAUAUUGUUUGAGAACAUCAGCCAUGAGACCUCCCUUUACUAUUUGCUCUCCAACAACCACGUGAACUCCAUCAUCGUGCACAAGUUCGACUUCUCGGACGAGGAGAUCAUGGCCUACUAUAUCUCCUUCCUCAAGACGCUGUCGCUCAAACUGAACAACCAUACCGUGCACUUCUUCUACAACGAGCACACUAAUGACUUUGCCCUGUACACCGAGGCCAUUAAGUUUUUCAACCACCCUGAAAGCAUGGUCCGCAUCGCAGUCCGCACCAUCACACUCAACGUCUACAAAGUCUCAUUGGACAACCAGCACAUGCUGCACUAUAUCCGAGACAAGACGGCCGUGCCGUACUUCAGCAACCUGGUCUGGUUUAUCGGCAGCCACGUCAUCGAGCUGGACAAGUGUGUGCAGACAGACGAAGAACACAGAAACAGAGGGAAGCUAAGUGACCUGGUAGCGGAGCAUCUCGACCACCUCCACUACCUGAACGACAUCCUCAUCAUCAACUGUGAAUUCCUCAAUGAUGUUCUGACCGACCACCUGCUCAACCGCCUGUUCCUGCCCCUCUACGUCUACUCACUGGUCAGCCCCGAGAUGUCUGAAGAGCGAAAGAUCAAUCCUCAGGUGUCCCUCUACCUUCUGUCACAAGUGUUUCUAAUCAUCCACUAUCGGCCGCUGGUGAACACGCUGGCUGAUGUCAUCCUCAAUGGAGACCUGUCUGUGUUCACCUCACAGACGGACACACACAGCACACACAAGAACCCGGCCAGUGCGGGAGGUGUACGCCGAUUCACCAAACCCCCAGAAUCCCUGGAGCGUUCUCUGGAGCUUUCUCGCCACCGGGGGCGCAAGCGAACCCAGAAGCGGCCCAACUACAAGAACCUGGGCGAGGAGGAGGAGGAGGACAGGGCCGGGGGAGGAGGAGGAGGAGGAGGAGGAGGGGGUGGAGUGGGAGGAGAGGAGGGCUGGGAGGAUGACGGAGGCCGAGAAAGGGAGAAGGGAAAAGGUACAGAGGGAGGAGGAGGAGGAGGUGGGAGUUCUAAGGGAAGCAGAGCGAGUGGGGAGACGGCGGAAGAGAUAGAGAUGGUGGUGAUGGAGAAGUGUAAAGUGUCAGAGCUGACGGAACAGAACAUCACUGAUGAGGAGAAGACAGCUGCAGCCACCCGCACACAUACUCAGAGGAGCAGGCCGUUUCUAGACAUGGUGUACAGUGCUCUGGACUGCAACAGUGAGGACUACCAUGCCCUGUUUGUCCUCUGCCUGCUCUAUGCUGUCUCACACAGCAAAGGAAUAAACAGUGAUCUUUUGGAGCGGCUGCAGCUACCAGUUCCUGACCAGGAGAGAACCUCCUACAGCCUGGUGCUGGUAGAGAGACUUAUCAGAGUUAUGAGCCAGGCAGCACAGCCAGAUGGUAAAGUGCGUCUAGCUACCCUGGAGCUAAGCUGCCUUUUACUAAAGCAGUCUGUACUGUCAGGAAACCACUGUAUCAUCAAAGAUGUCCACCUGGCGUGCCUGGAGGGAGCUAGAGAAGAAAGUCUGCAUUUGCUACGAAGAUUCUACAAGGGUGAGGAGAUCUUUCUGGACAUGUUUGAAGAUGAAUACAGGAGCAUGACGAGUAAGCCACUGAAUGUGGAGUACCUAAUGAUGGAUGCUUCCAUACUGCUGCCGCCUACUGGCACCCCACUAACUGGCAUUGAUUUCGUCAAGAGACUGCCCUGUGGGGAUGUGGAGAAGACACGCAGGGCAAUCCGUGUGUUCUUCAUGCUGCGGUCGUUAUCGCUCCAGCUCCAGGGGGAACCUGAGACCCAGCUCCCUCUGACCAGACCUGAAGACCUCAUCAAGACAGAUGACGUGCUAGACCUUAAUAACAGUGACCUAAUAGCCUGUAUGGUGGUCAGUAAAGAUGGUGGACAGGCCCAGAGGUUCCUGGCUGUGGAUGUUUACCAGAUGAGUCUGGUCGAACCAGAGACCAAACGCCUUGGAUGGGGCGUGGUCAAGUUUGCCGGCCUGCUGCAGGACAUGCAAGUAUCUGGUGUUGAGGACGACAGCAGAGCACUGAACAUCGUCAUCCACAAGCCGAGCUCCAACCCGCACGCCAAGCCCCUUCCCAUCCUGCAGGCCAACUUCAUCUUCGCCGAUCACAUCCGCUGCAUCAUCGCCAAGCAGAGGCUGGCCAAGGGACGCAUCCAGGCUCGGCGCAUGAAGAUGCAGAGGAUUGCAGCUCUUUUGGACUUGCCCGUGCAGCCCAGUGCAACAGAGGUGCUGGGUUUCGGUCAGACGGCCAAUGCUUCACCCAGCGGCCUGCCAUUCCGUUUCUAUGAGCAGUCGAGACGAGCACCCGGCGACCCCACAGCAAACAGAUCAGUCUUCGCCUCCGUUGAUAAAGUCCCAGGCUUUGCAGUGGCCCACUGUGUGUCCCAGCACAGUCCCUCGCCCCUCUCCUCUCCCUCGCCUCCCUCCAGUGGGAGUGGUAGUACAGGCCGAUGUGACUCUGUUACAGCCAGCACCAUAUCAGCACAGAGCCCUACAGAUGAUGGUACGUUUUUGGAGCACACCCCUCCUUCCUCUUCAGGUGGAGAAGGGGAGGGAGGAGGUGGGGAGGUAACACUGGUCUCCUCUGCACCCGCAGCCCCGGCCCAGGCCCUGGCCCCCAGCCUCACUCCGGCCUCCCAACCCACCAUCUCCCUCCUCACCGACGACAACGCCGACACUCUGAGCGUGGAGUCGCUCACCCUGCUGCCUCCCGCUGACUCCCCACACCUGCACCCCUGCGCCUCCCUCAUCCCUGUCACACACUCCCUCCAAGGCCUGGACGCCUCCAUUGCUGAGGAGGAAGAGGAAGAUGAGAAACAGGAUCCUGGAGAGAAGAAGGAAGACGAGGAAGGGUCGCCGAUGGAUGAGACGGAGACAGAUGCAACCGUCAAAGAGGAAACCACAACGACAGAGUUAGCCACGCCUACCGACGAGCCGCCGGAGGAGCAGGAGGGAGGAGACAUGUCGGAGGAAACGGCAUCAGCAGAGGAACAGAGAGAGGAGACGGAGCUGGCAGAGAGAGACGCCGCCCUGGGGGCGGAGCCUGACGCAGACAGCUCCCCGGCUGCAGAGUCGACCGAGAAGAGGGACGAUGCAGAGACACACUCAGAAACAACAGACACACCAGACUCUCCUGAACUGGACUAGACAACACACACAUACACACGCAUACAUGAACUCACACACACUCUCUGUCUGUCUUACACAGGACAGACAGUGAGGUGUGAUAGCUGAACUAUCCAGCUUGGCUGCAGUAUAUUUUCAUGUGGCAACCCGUAGUUAGUGUGUGUGUGUGCGGUGUGAAUAGUUUCAGAGGCAUUUGGAAGCAUCUCAACAUUUUGUGUUUGCACAUGAAGAAUGACUCUUUGUGAUGAUUGAGACACGGACACUGGCUGAACUUAAUUGGGAGGCUAAAAGCACAGUCAGGGUUCUGUGCAAGUGUGUGUGUGUGUGUGUGUGUGCGUGCGUGUGGCCGUGAGUCUUUUUAGCGUGCGUGUGUGACGGCGCGCAACCAGCAAUGUUUUUUACUCUCCCCAUUUUGACAGAUGAUUUGUCCACUCAGAGAGACACACACCCAUACACACCAGGUCAUGGGCUAUUUAUGCACUUGUAAGGUUUUAAAAAUUCUCUUGUAUUUCUGUGUCUUAUUUGCACAUAAAGGAGUUCACCAUUUAUUAACUCAAACCAGUGCUUUAUGGUGGUGGUUACUGCUGUGCUACACACAAACACACACACAUACAGAAUUUUUUGACCACUACGUGUCUGACCCAGCAGCAGUUAACUGCCACCUAGAAUUGCUACCGCGUGCGUGGUUUUAACCUACUACCACUUAAUUAAUUCUGCCAUCACGGCAACCCUUUUACAGUUCAGAUUUAGUUCUUGUCAUAUCACCUGUAGAGUAAUGAUCCAUUCAUGCAACAUUUACACGACUUAGCUGCAAGAAUCAGUUGAUUAAUUGGUGAUCUGUAAGAGAAAAUGUGAGAUAUGUAAUGUGCUGCAUCACUAAUCACUAAUCAUGAACAAGGAGGUUAGCAAGGCUCAAAUAGCACCCUGUAAACUUUGCUCCAUCUUUUUUGGAAAUAUUUGAAUCAGUUCAACCUUGGAUACAAAGCGGAGUGAGCCACACCAGCUUUCAUGGCUCUUCAUACAGUUUAAUUCCACAGUUAUGUUGUGAUUCAGCCAAGUUAACCAACGGAAAUCCACCAACUCCUCCUGCACAUUAACUAUAACCAGAUUGGCACUGGCAUCAUUGUCAGGCCUCCCACGCAUCCUGGAAAAUCUGGAAAACGUGGACAUUUACAGGCUAGUUUUCCAGUCGUGGAAGACACAUGGAAAUUUGGGAAAGGGAUAAAAUGUGCUGUAAAUAUUAGUGGCAUCCCAAGAAAAUUACAAAGUUCAGCCAAGAUUACACACCCAAGUGUUUUCCUCAGAUGCUAAUGUGCCCAAUCAAACCUAGCUAUAGUGUCUUGGCAUUCUGCAGUGUCAUGCUGUGCAUGGCGUGCCAAAUGGGUCAAAAACAUGUGAAACCAACACUUUGGUCCAUAUGAUUAAACAACACCUUGUUUGCAUGUUGUCGGCACGUGUUGUUAAUAUGUACUUUUUUUUUUACACAUAAAUAACAUGGUUGUACAACAUACAAACAUAUAAUUUUAGAUGUCAGUUUGACUCAGUUUUGAUCUCUAUUGCCAUUUUGAAUGAAUCAGUUAUCAUCCACAAUGACCGCCUGUGAGCAACAUGUCCAUUAGUCCCUGGAGAAUCCUGGAAAAUGAUUCCCUCAACAGAGCGGGAACCCUAAUGGUCGAUCUUAUCCAGUCUGCAACUCUUCUACACCGCUCAAUCAUCAGUUUAAUUUGCAGAAUGAAUAAUGGAGGACAUAAAUGCACAGCGGUGCAUUGCACAGGGUAGUAAUUAAAAGCCAGCAGCGAUGCACACAGAUAACAGGGUGCCAUCUGAGUCGGUGCUCAGAGGACGUCCAUCCAGUCGGCCUGUACAUAGAGCAUUCCACCCUCUGGCAACACAGUUCCAACACAACAUAAAGACCCUGUCUCACUCUUUUGAAUGAAGUCCCGAGGAGACGCUAAUUAGUUCAGAUGGUUUCAAAUAUGUGGAGGAAAAAAAAAUACUUGAAGGCGUGUCGUGUCUGACUGAAUAGCAUACUUAAAAGAAGUUUUGAGGAACUAUUUGAGGUUGUUUUCCUUGCCAUCAGGUCUGCACAUCAACACUGGGUUGAAUGUAUCUACCGGCUGCCCCGCAGACGCUGACCUGUGCUCAGUUUUUCAGUUUCCACAUUAUUUCUUAGAUGUUUAAUCACAUUUCACACGGCUAUUUCAGAACAAUGUAGUAGUAGAUUCUUAUUCAGUCCCAAAGUCAAAAUGAAGCGCCAUUUUUAUGUACUAAUGAUGUCUUUCCAGUUGUAAGAGGAUGUCGGGGCGGGACAUAACCCAGGCAAGGAUCAUUUAGGUGGCUGCUAUUGUAACCAAUGGGAUUGCAGUAUCUGAUAGGGAGGGAUGAUGGGGUGCAACUGUUCAAAAAUAUGUGAUAUGUCAAAUCAUUGGAGGUUUUAUGUGCAACUGCCACUAAAAAUAGACCGUAUUCCUCGAAAGAAAAGUCAUGAUGGUUUCAUGUGCGAAUAUCAGAAAAUAAAAGUUUUGCUGGCCAUAUGUUGUUUAAAAAGGUGUAAAAUAUGACAUGGAAUAUUGGCCAACCAAUUGGAAAAAAAGUCAGUGUCUUCAUUGUGACAUUAAAAAAAAAAUGUGUUAUCACUAUAUUCCAUGUUUAUAGCAAGAUCCGUCAUGUUAACACAAAAGCAUGCAUUAACUAGACACACACUGGCGUAAUGAACCUUCAAAAUAAAAUCUUACCAAAUAAAGCGGCAAAAAGGAAAGGCUGAAGGCAGUUGGAGCAGCCACUCUGGGUGGAUUUCUGUUUUGGGAGGUCAGCAUCUCGGGGCAGGCGUCCUCUUCCCCCCCUCCUCCUCUAAUCAGUUGAAUGAAGCUUUACUACUGCAAUAAUCUAAAGAGCUAACCAAUGAGGCGAGAGAUGAAUGUAACUUGACAGCUUCUCUCACCAAUCGGCGGUGUUUUGUUUCAUCGAUCGGUGUGUUUUCAUCCUUCAAUUCGUGACUUAAUUUGUAGCUCUUGGGAGCAAAGCACACACACGCUGAGACAAUGGUGCAUGUGUCCUCAAAAAAAAAAAAAAAAAAACGUUCUUUUUUUUUUAACUCCCUGUAUCCUCAUCUGUUUCCUCUCUCCUGACGUCUUUUUCUUUCAUCUGUGUUUCCUCGCCCGCUCUCUCUUUUCUGUGCCAUUAUUGUAAAGCGGAACAUGAGGUCCUUAAGCUUGAUCACUCUGUUAUUUUUUAACUCUGUACAGUCGUCAACAUGUUUAGAAAUGAGUGAAUUCAAAGCAAUACUCUUCUUUUUUUUCCCCCCUCCUCUCUCACUCUUUAUCUCUUACUAUUUCCAUCUUGCUACUGUACAUAGCAGCAGUGCGAUAGCGAUGAUCACUGACCGAGACGUAGGCGCCUGUCUCGGUGUAUGUCGGUGUUGUGGCUGCCGGCAGGCCGCCAUGUUGGAGGAGAUGACGGCAAACAGAUUGUGGUUUAAAACAGGAAAGAGAAAAAAAAAAAAAAAGGCCACAAGGCUUUAUCAGGGUGGAAGAGGUAACUACAGUUCAGUCUUGUUGUUCUUCCAAUACGGCAACAGCGGCUGUAACCAUUGGCAACCACACACCAAGCAGUCCAUGACAGGCCUCUAUGAUUAGUAUUAUUAUUAUAAGUCUCUGAUUGUAGUGUUUCUGUAUGUAAUAUGUUUGUAUGCCCUGUAAAUGCUCUCUGCUUUUAAUCAAACCUGUAAUUAUUAUUAACAGACUGAAACGGAGGAAUAACGAAAGAUCUGCAAUAAAUUAUUCUACUUAA